AUGGCGUCCAGCGACAACACUGAGAAAUGCACGUCGAUCAUCCAAUUCCCCGACCCAGAAUUUUUCAAGGAGCUCGAGGCCCUCCACAUCGACCAUGCUGGUAUGCCACCGGGAAUAGACUUGCGAAUGCGGGAAUGGAUCCGCGGGUUAUUUGCAUCGCUCCCAAAGCAGCCUUACCUUCGCCCGCGAAUACCGGUUGAAAUCGAGGACAAACAGGUUGGUAGAUUCUCGGUGCGUCUGUACCGGCCGCCUCAGCCGCAAGCUGCAAUUCUCAUGUUCCAUGGUGGAGGCUGGAUCCAUGGAGACGUGACGAAUGACGAGGAAUUUGCCAUCUUCUUUGCCAGCGAACUGGAAGCGUUGGUUAUGGGCGUCAACUACAGCCUCGCACCCGAACACCCCUUCCCCAGUGCUCUCGAUGACUGCUACGAGGCCCUGAGUCAGAUAGGCACAUUUAACAGAGUGGCUUUGUGGGGUACCUCGGCAGGCGGGAAUCUGGCAGCGGCUCUUGCGCUACGUGUUAGUCAGGAGGAACACCCCUCACCUGUCAGGCAGUUGAACCUUGUGGUGCCCGUUACUAAGCCUCACCCUAUCCUCGAGGAAGUUAUCGGAUUGUAUACUAAGGAUGCCUCGAAUGUGACUUUGCCACCGCCCCCCGAACACCAUUGUCCAACGCACAUUACCGUCGCUGGCAUGGAUCCACUUUGUAAUCAAGGGAUCGAGUAUGCUGUACGUUUGCAGGAAGUCGGCGUGGAUGCACAGUUGGAAAUCGUGCCCGGCGUUCCUCACGAUUUUACCAUGGUGAGGAAUGCGAGGGCUACGAAGCAAUGGACCGAGCCAUCGUCGCCGUAUUUUCCACCUCUCGAAGACUGUCUGGGUGAGGUAGGUCCCGCCUUUGUGGAUAAAUUGGCUCAACUUCUGUGUACUGUCAAGAGGAGAGAUGUAGCUCGACGAAAAGGCAAAGAGCUAAGUGGAGGCCACGAUGUUAGAUUCAACUUCAGUUACGAAGGCCAUCAUUCCAGGAUAUUUGCCGAGAUCUGUCAAUACGCGUAA